UAACAAUAACUUCGUGAUCGUAACACGAUAGGCAACACGAAAAAGCACUGUAUAAAAACGGAAAAAAUCAUUGUUAUAGUUUUAGUAACGAUUUAUAGAACAGUGAUUUUAUUCUAAUAUUUUAAAAACGAAAUGGCUCUGGUGUAUAGCUGUUGUUUUUGGUUUUCACUCAGAUUAGGUGGAAUAAUCAUUGCACUUUUUUCAAUAGUACAAGCCUUGAUAGUUUUAACUAUUAGUUGCAUUGGAAAUUCAAACCCUAAGAAAGUAGAAGAAAAAAUAACAUUGUGGGUGAACGAUAUGAAUUUAAUAUUUACGAAGGAGUUUGUUGAUAAUUUACGAAACGAUCCAACAAAAAUACUUGGAUUUGUUAUAGCGUUAACAUGCAUAUAUAUAAUAAUAUGUAUGUUGUAUGUUUAUGGAGCAUAUAAGUGCAACAGUAUACUAAUGAUGGCGUACAUCGUUGUCGAAUUAGUUCGCCUCAUCGCUCUUACAGUUUUGGUUAUUGCACUUCUAUUGACGUUGAAAAAAAACACAAUGGACAUUGGUCUUCUCAUUGGAGCUAGUGUACUCGGAGGUUUCAUUUUAUUGGGGAUGUUUUAUCUGUGGGUUUGUGCAGCAAAUCUGCCAAUAGUCAUAAACGAAAAGGAACACGACGAAUACGUUGCUACUAUAACGAAGCUGCAACAACUUUUAGAAGAAAAAAAGCCAAAAACUUUGAUAGGCUUCGAUUAUGUUCCUCAGUCGAAGUAUAAUGAAGCACUUUAUAGAGAACAUAUUCAUCGUUUUAAAUAAGAAAUAACAGAAGAAAUGAUAUUGCAUUUUUCAGUAGAUAUCUUUGGCUCUAUAUGUGCCUGUCACUUAAGCAAAGUUGUGAUCUAUUUUAAUUUGCAACUAUUAGCACACAACUCUCAUAGAAUCUAAUUUUUAUUGAUGAAAUGGAACCAAAAAAUAUCACCAAAUAAAACAUUCCAACUUGUGUAACGAGAGUUUAUUUACGUAUAAUAGAAUUUAUUUCAUUAAACAAAAAAAUUGGAAUGAUACAUAAAGUUGGCAGGACACAAUGACAUUUUGUAUAAUUUACAAACAUUACUACAAUUGAAUUAUUCUUAAGUACCACAACAACGUACAAUCAGAUGUAAAUUUAACUACUAAAACCUUUAUUAAGUAAAUAUACCAACAACAUAAUUUUCACAUAUAAUUUUUUUUACGUCUAAAGCAUGAAUAAACACACACCAAGCAUUCGGUAACUAUAAGGG